AUGGAACCUGAAACAAGCUUUUCCCAAGCUACUCUCCCAGUCUUUGAUGGGGAAAAUUAUGACCUCUGGGCAGUGAGGAUGGAAUCUUACUUGGAGGCAUUUGAUCUUUGGGAGGCUGUGGAAGAGGAUUAUGAUGUCCCUCCGCUGCCGGACAAUCCUACCAUGGCCCAGAUCAAGAAUCAUAAGGAAAAAAAAACACGAAAAGCAAAGGCAAAAUCAUGCCUUUUUGCUGGUGUCUCUACAACAAUCUUCACUAGGAUCAUGACUCUCAAAUCAGCAAAAGCAAUUUGGGAUUAUCUAAAGGCAGAAUACGUGGGAGAUGAAAGAAUACGGAGCAUGCAGGUGCUUAAUUUAAUGAGAGAAUUUGAGUUGCAACGGAUGAAAGAGUCUGAGACAAUUAAGGAAUACUCAGACAAGUUGUUGAGUAUUGCCAACAAGAUAAGGUUGCUGGGUAGUGACUUUGCUGAUUCCAGAAUUGUUGAAAAAAUUCUGGUAACGGUACCCGAGAGGUAUGAAGCAUCCAUAACCUCAUUGGAGAACUCAAAGAAUCUGUCAAAGAUAACUUUGGCAGAAGUGCUACAUGCCUUGCAGGCACAAGAGCAACGAAGGUUAAUGAGAGAAGAUCAUGCCGUUGAAGGUGCACUUUCAGCCAAGCAUCAUGUUGCUGGAUAUAAUAAAAAGAAUUUUUUUAAGAAGAACCCGUCAACAAGCAACGAGAAUACAACAAACAACCAAAACAAAGGCAAGGGUAAAAAGAAAAGUUACCCACCUUGUCAGCAUUGCGGAAAAAUGGGUCAUCCUCCAUUCAGAUGUUGGAAGAGACCUGACGCGAAGUGCAGUAAGUGCAAUCAGAUCGGACAUGAAGCUGUAAUUUGCAGAGCAAACAUCCAGCAAGUUGUAGCUGAUGCACAAAAUGCGCAAGAGAAUGAAGACCAGCUAUUUGUUGCUACCUGUUUCUCCACCAAUAGUUCAAGUGAAUCUUGGUUGAUAGAUAGUGGUUGCACCAACCACAUGACUUAUGACAGAGAAUUGUUCAAGUGUUUGGACAACACCGAAGUCAAAUGGGUCAGAAUCGGGAAUGGUGAACAAAUUCCAGUAAAAGGCAAGGGAUCAAUAGUUAUAACAAGCCACAUAGGUACGAAAACCCUCUCUGAUGUUUUAUAUGUACCUGAAAUUAACCAAAACCUGCUUAGUGUUGGACAAUUGCUAGAGAAAGGGUUCAAAGUUAUCUUUGAAGAUAAAAGCUGCAUAAUUAAAGAUCCUACAAGUCUUGACAUGUUUAAAGUCAAAAUGAGGAGCAAGAGUUUCUCAUUUGAUCCAAUGAAGGAGGAGCAGUGCGUGGAGUUCCUUCCUUGA